AUGAAGCACACAUCUAAAGUUAAUAGAGAUUUUUGGACAAUUUGUAACAAAAUUCGCGAAGUAGUGAAUUUCAUCAAAUUUAAUUUUUGGGAAUAUUAUUCAAUAUACGAUGUAAAAAACACUGGAUUUGUAACAGAUAUUAUAUUCGAAAAUGCAUUGUCUGGACCAUUAAAAUCUAUCAUCAAGUUGAAUGACGGAGAGAUACAAUUUUUAGUCAGCUAUUUUGUUGAUUCCGAUGGACAAGUACCGUACGGGCAAUUUUGUGAAAUUAUACAUAAUGACGAUGAAUUGAACUGGGUGAAAAAAAAUAACCUACAAUCAAUGUCUACUGAUGUGAGUAUAAAAGACAAAAUUAAAGAAAAAGGUGCAAGAUCAUAUUGUAAUAAAAACAUUAAUCACCCAGUAAUAACAAAUAAAGCACAUAUAAAAGAUAAUGUAUUGAUAAUAAUAAGAAACCUUCAAAAUUACGUUUUCUCAAAUCGAAUUGAUAUUGGACAAUUUUUUAAAACAUUUGAUCCUCACGGAAAAGGACAUGUAACUGUAGCACAAUUCCGUAGGUGUCUAGACAUGAUUGGAGUUAGUUCAUUACGCUUAAUGUACUAUCCUGAGGCAGAACUAUCUGUAUUGUUAUUAAUGUAUAAAGAUAAAGAAUUUCCAGAAAGAAUUAAAUGGAAACAAUUUGAAGAUGAAAUAAAUACUGGUACAUAUAGUAAAAAAUUAUAUACUCUAAAAUGUAGUUAAUUUUAGAUAACAAUAAUUAUGAUCCAACUUUAAGUAGUUUAUGUAGUUAAGUAUAAAUAAUUUAAUAAUAUCUUAAAUAUGUACCAUUUUUCCUUUUAUUUAUUCAGAAUUCCAGUUAGAUAUAUUUGGCAGCGCCUUCAUUUUGAUUGAAAAUUGAAAAUGCCAAUUAUAACACUAGUUACAUUUUUUAAUUAUUUAAAUAGUACCAAUGGUGGCAUAACACCGAAUAUUGAAAUAAGUAAUAGGUCAUUAUAGUUUAGAAAGUUAGCAUAAACAUUUAAAUUUUAAAUUAGAACCAACUAAUAAAUAAUUUGUUUC